UUGGCCUGGAAUCCCAGCGAAUUCGCAGGUAUUGAGUCAAUCAAUAUUGCAAUCCACAAGCUCUGGAAACCAGAGAUUGUAGUUCUAAACAAUGUUGAUGGCGAAUUCCAAGCAACUUUUAAGCCGAAUGUGGUUCUCCAAAAUGAUGGGCAUGUACUCUGGAUCCCACCGAUAAUUUACAAGACAUCCUGUGCAAUAGACGUUAAGUACUUUCCUUUCGAUGAGCAGACUUGUCGAAUGGAACUAGGGAGUUGGACCUAUAUUAAGGAACAGUUCUAUAACAAUCAAACACAUAUCGAUUUAUCAGACUAUGUACCGAGUGGAGUUUGGGAUUUCAUAGAAGGUCCUGGUUACAUCCACAUCGACGAAACUCCAAUUGUACUUCGUCGCAAACCACUUUUCUACAUUACAAACAUAAUCAUUCCUUGUGUGCUAAUAGCUCUACUUGGAAUUUGUGUGUUCUGUCUACCCACUGAUGCUGGAGAAAAAGUCACCCUUUCAAUCAAUAUUCUCGUUACUAUUGUGGUCUACAUGAUUCUAGUAAGCAAGAUGUUGCCAGCUGGAACGAAGAAUAUUCCUCUGUUAUCGAAAUUCCUUCUCUUUACUUUUGCUAUGACAUUCUUGAGUUUGUGCAUCACCGUAGCAGUGAUCAUCAAUUUGAACCAUCGAAACCCUAAAAGUCAUCCAAAAAUUUUAAAAUGGGUUCGACGGGUGUUUAUGCAAUGGCUCCCUCCAGUUUUGCAAACUGAAGAAGAAAGCUCACCAUCUGAUACAGACGAAUCGGAGGAGAAUAUUAUGAAUAAUAAAAUAGGCGAAAUCGGCUCUACUCCAAGCAAUUGCAAAGAACGCUGUAUACGUGAGGACUGGAAAUAUGUUGCAUCCGUCAUUGACAGAGUACAGCUGAUAAUUUUCCUCGGCAUAACGACAUGCGGUAUGGUAGUCAUCCUAAUCAGCGCUCCAAGUAUAUUCUCUGAUGUAGAUCAAGCAGCAAUAAUAAAGAAAUUCACCUACAACAUUCGCGGCUAA